UGGGUUGAGAAUGCUCUUCUUAAAUUCUUCCAGAUCCCUCAGGGUGAUGGCUUUGAACCCACGACCCAGGAGGGGAUCUUUUGGCAGCUGUUGUUGGUGUGGCUUCAGGGGAGUUUGUGAGGUUGUGGGAUUAUUCAUCACAGAGUCAGCUGGAUGAGAGAUUAACGAUUACUGCCUGCUGACCGGUUUCUUAACCAUGUGGCUACGAAGAGUCUGAGUUCUCAAAAUUCCAGGCAGGGAACCCCCCUCAAUUCCAGGAAAGAAUACCAAGCCACAGCUUGGCCCUAACUUCCCUGGUGACAGGUUUGAUUCAGGAGGGAAGGAAAUGAUGUUUGUUUGGUGAAGAGAAAGGCACACCCGUUUCAAGUGAGGCCGAGUGAUGGGAGGCUGGCCUUGAGGACAGGAGAGGGUGGGGUUGCAGGCCCGGUGGAUGUCAGGGGAGCAGGUGUGAUGAGAGGGCUGGGGGGUGGUCUGGACGUCAUAAUUGGGGGUCAGGAGGACCCCCACCUCUGAGAUAUGUUUUCGGGAGUGAGGCGGGGAGAAGGGACCGCACCACCCGAUACGUGGUGGGAGAAACAGUGUCUUUGGGAAAGCCGAGCUUCGGUUAAGGCAGGGAGGCAGGGCUGUCUGAGACUUUGGAUAUUGGGGCGCCCAGGGCGCAGUGGGGGAAGGAUGGUGACCGUAGAGCGCUGGGUCAGUAGGGAACUCGGGUUUAGGAGAUGACCGGGGUGUUAGCCCCGGUCCUCCGCGGCUGGGCCGUUUACCCAGGGGAUGGGGUGUAAUGAGAUGCUCUAAGGCCCCUGCAGGCAGGGUUGGAGCUCAGGUAGCAGUGGCCUCCGGAAGGCGCCGCGUCAGGCGUGGCGGUGGAGGGGAUUUACAAGUUGUGGUGGAUUCCGUGGUCCUCAGAGGGCCAGACGCUUCCAGAGGGUCCGCGCUUUCCAGGCUCAGGCCCAGGCCAGAUGUCACAACUUGACCAGUGCACUUUCCCAACAAGCUCAGGCAGAUCUUAGAGACAGCACAGUUCCCCCGAAAGCUAAACCGAGAAUCUGUUUACCAGCCCUGAAUUCAGCCAACCUGCUCACUUCAUAGAUGAGGAAACUGGGGUGGAGAGAGGGUGAAUGAUUUUCCCGGUUCAGGCUGGGACAGAAAGUUCAGAUUUCCUGUUUUCCACACUGCUGCGGGAGAUCUGCUCGCUCCGGGCUCCGAUGGGGCACCGGGACGGGCUGGACAAGCCUGUGGGCUGCCCUCUGGGGUCAGCCGGAGAGAAGGGGUGGGGGAGAUAAGUGAGAGCCUGGCUCAGUGCCCUCUGAUUGGCGCCCGACAUUGUAGAAGGGGUCAGGCGGGGCAGCCACCCCCCACCCCCCCCAGGAGGAUCAGAGGCUCCGUGGCAAGUGGGUGGACUGGUUCAGCUUCCAGAACCAGGUCAUUCAGAGAAAGGGGCAGAAAAGAAAGCAGGUGUAUUUGUUACUGUUGGAGAAAACCCCAGGUCUGGGGCAGGAGAAGCCAGCUCCGUUCCCUCCUGGCUGGAGAUUUAAAAAGCAUGACAUGAAAUGCAAGGGAACCUCUUCUGGGGUGCCUUCCGCACCCCAGGAAGAGGGCAGUCGGGUCAGGGGUACUCAGGAACCUUUGUACUGCUGAAAAGGGCCGCGUCUGAGCCAUCACAACAUGUGUGCUCUCUGCACGUCCACAAUAAACAGGGCUGCGUCUGCCAGAGAUCUGUACAGUCUUCCGUGCCCUCCGACACCUAGCAAGACUUCUUGGUCCGUGACAAGCACGGUCCCUUGGUUUGUAUGCUUUAGUCUGGAUCCUGCGGAACUGCACGGGGUGGAGAGCCAUGGGGAGGUCGAUGACGGGGGCCCACCCCAUCCCUAAUCUUAGGGUCGAGCUGGACCGGCCCACACCCCGUUCUCUCUCUGUUCCAUUAGUUUUCCAAAUCCACUGGAAUGUAUCUGAAGCAAUCCUGGGGGAGGGGAGCUGUAGAACCUCUUUAAGAUACAGAUGUUGGGGGUCAGGUGCCUUGGAAUAGUCCGGGGUUCCUUGGCGCCCACCUGGCAGAUACGAAGUGUGCUGCGGGCGGCCCCCCCUCCCCCCGCUCCCCCGCCAUGGUGAUGCGUGAGAACACCUGUCUACUAAGGAGCUAGAUGCUUCCCGUCUUAUCCUCUGGCUUCUAUCAUAGGCUGAAUUGUACCCCUCCCCUGCCCAUCGUAUGCUGACGUCCUAACUGACGCUGAAAGCUCAGUGUUCUCUGCACCAGUGCCAAAUUGCAUCUUGGAGACAGGGUUUUGGGGGAAGUGGAAAAGAAUAGCUUUAUUGCUUUGCCAGGCCAAGGGGGCCACAGCGGGCUCCUGCCUGGAACAGCUCUGUGUCCGGGAGAAUUUGAUGAGGGGUUUUGUAACAGUGGCUCAAGGGUGUGGUCUCUGACACGAUUAGGGUGGGUGCAGUGCAGGGCCUGCUGCUCCUGGAAUCUCCUUCCAGGUGGCAUCUCCCCAGGGCGAUGGGCUCCUCUAGUCGCUUUAUUCUGGCCUCAGGCGUUCCUGGCUGCUCCCCCCUUGAUGCGCCAUCUGCCCUUUGGAACUCAGGGAAGGUCAUGGAGGCUGGAGUCUUAUCUAGAAGGAACGGGAUGAAAGAAAAAGGCCUCCGUACCCGGGAUCCCCACAAGCCCCCACUGGGUUUCAUAACCCCAGUGUCUCAGAAUGUGACUGUAUUUGGAGACUGGGCUUUUUCAGGAGGGAAUUAAGGUAGGAUGAGGUCAUGAGGGUGGGCCCUAUUCCAAAUCUGACUGCUGUCCUUAUGAAAGGAGGAGAUUAGGACACAGGUGUGUACAGAGGGGAGCCUGUGUGAAGGCACAAGGAAAAGACAGCUGUCUACACGCGAAGGAGAGAGGCCUCAGGAGAGACCAACCGUGCUGACACCUUGAUCUUGGACUUCGAGCCUCCAGAACUGGGAGGAGAUAAAUUCCUGUUGUUUAAACCAUCCAGUCUGUGGUACUUUGUUAUGGCAGCCUGAGCAAACCCAUAUACCACGUCUAGGAAAACCUUAGGAAGUGGAUAAAGGGCCUACCCCUCUCUAGGAGCCACUGGGCAGGUUGUACAGCCCAGGAGGGCUGUCUGCUUAGAGCUUUGUGUGGAAGGAGACAAGUUCUUCCCCACCCCUGAUCACCUCUGAAUCCCCCUCCCAAGCCCAUCUCCUGCCACGUGCAAGAAGGUCAUAUGGAAAAGGUCAGGGUCAGAGACAGGACCCUGUUCCCAGCUGUGUCAUGUCCACUUCUAUGAGGUGGGAAGGGAUGGAGGGCUGCUCUGUUGCUAAAGUCCUUACAUUUUGGGUCCCUUUAAAAACUGAAAACAGGGGACUUCCCUGGCGGUCCAGUGGUUAAGACUCCAUGCCCCCAGUGCAGGGGCUGUGAGUUCGAUCCCUGGUUGGGGAACUAAGAUCCCUCACUCCAUGUGGUAUGGCAAAAAAAAUAAAUAAAUAAAAGUUGAACCUGUCAAGCCAAGCCAUGUAAAGCGACAUUGGCUUUGACUGCAAAGCUCGGGAAUCUCCAGUCCUUUCCAGAGUGACCCCCUACCCCCGCCAUGGCUGAGACUGUGAUUCACAGAAGAAUAGCAGUGUCGGGUCUGGGCUGGAGGAGGGGCAGGAGCCUGCCUGGGCCUCCCUGAGCCUGAGGACUGGGGCUGCCUCGUGGUCACCGCCGCUGGCCGUCCUCCAAGCCCAGUGCAGUAAUGACCCAGCUUCCUCUGGGGGAGGAGACAGUUAAAAGCCUUCCCCCGCCUCCGCAGACGGCUGGGCGUGGCGCUCCUGUCUGACCUGCGGCGGCAGGAUCCCGGUCGGAGCAGAGGAGGCCCAGCUCUGGCGUUGGCAGCAGUGGCGGCAGACCUUCCAGAUGGCUGAGCUGGAUCUGAUGGUGGCUCCGGGGCCGCUGCCCGGGGUCCCCGCUCACCCUCCGGCCGCUCUCAGCCCAGACUCUGGGUCAGCCAGCCCGGCAGAAGAGGAGGACGUGGGCUCCCCGGGGAGCCCCCCGGGGGAGACUGGGGGCCCGAGCCAGGGCUCUGCCUGGCAGGGGGGUCGCGGGGCGGAGGGGGCGGCGGUGGAGGAGGUCCUGUGCGACUUCUGCCUCGGGGCCAGCAGGGUGAGGGCCGUGAAGUCCUGCCUGACCUGCAUGGUGAACUACUGCCCGGAGCACCUGCGGCCGCACCAGGAGAACAGCAGGCUGCACGGCCACCAGCUGACCGAGCCCGUGAAGGACCGGGACCUGCGCGUGUGCCCGGCCCACUGCAGCCCGCUGGUCGCCUUCUGCCUCCCCGACGGGCAGUGCAUCUGUCAGGAGUGCGGCCAGGCCGAGCACAGGGGCCACCCCUUGGUCUCCCUCGACGCUGCCCGCAGGGACAAGGAGGCUGAGCUUCGGAGCACCCAGUUAGACCUGGAGCAGAAACUCAAGUUGAAUGAAAAUGCCAUCGCCAGGCUCCAAGCCAACCAUAAGUCCGUUUUGGUGUCGGUGGCAGAGGUAAAGUCUGUGGCGGAGGAGCAGUUUGAGGACCUCCUUGCUGCCAUGAGGAAGGCCCAGGCCAAUGUGAUGCUCUUCUUGGAGGAAAAGGAGCAAGCUGCCCUGGGCCAGGCCAGUGGCAUCAAGACCCAUCUGGAGUACAGGAGCGCAGAGAUGGAGAAGACCAGGCAGGAGCUGGACCGGAUCGCCGCCAUCGGCAACCCUGUGCUGUUCCUGGAGGAGUACUGCAAGUUCAAGAACACGGAGGACGGUGCCUUCCCCAGUGUCUACAUAGGACUCAAGGACAAGCUCUCGGGCAUCCAAAAGGUCAUCACGGACUCCACCGCGAACCUGAUCCAGUUGCUGCAGCACUACAGGGAGAGGCUCCAGGAGUUCUCCAAGGAAGAGGCGUACGACAUCAGCACUCAGGUGUAUGCCUUCGUCGAGCACAAACAUGGGGCCUCGAAACCCGAGCCCAGCACCAGACAGCAGUUCCUCCAGUAUGCCUGUGACAUCGCCUUCGACCCUGACACGGCACACAGGUACCUGCGGCUGCAGGAGGACAACCGCAGGGUCACCAACACCACGCCCUGGGAGCACCCGUACCCGGACCUCCCCAGCAGGUUCGUGCACUGGCGGCAGGUGCUGGCCCAGCAGAGCCUGUACCUGCACAGGUACUACUUCGAGGUGGAGCUCUCCGGGGAGGGCAUCUACGUGGGCCUGACCUGCCAGGGCAUCGACCGCAAGGGUGAGGGGCGCAACAGUUGCAUUUCCGGAAACGACUUCUCCUGGAGCCUCCACUGGGACGGGAAGGGGUUCCGGGCCUGGCACAGCGACUCGGAGACCCUGCUCGGGGCCCGCCCUUGCCGGAGGCUGGGGGUCUACGUGGACUUCCCGGGAGGCGUCCUCUCCUUCUACGGCGUCGAGCUGGAGGCCAUGACGCUGGUGCACAGGUUCGACUGUAAGUUUUCGGAGCCCGUCUACCCGGCCUUCUGGCUUUCCAAGAAGGACAAUGCCGUCCGGAUCGCGGAUCUGAGAGGGGAAGCCGAGAAACCGGCGCCGACCCCGGGGGAGGCUGCUCCCUAGAUGCCAGGACCCGUUUCUCAGACUCGCGCUAACACACAGGCAGGGCGGCGGCUUGCCUUUUACGGCUGACUGGGGGUCCCUGCCAGAGCUUGCUGGCUUGAGAAACCACGUGGGCCCGAGGACGAGGGGGGAGGGUCCCUGGCCGCCACCCUGGGCUCCACGCUGCGCUGUUGCCCAUGUCUGCAAUAACCCUCAGGCCUUGAGUCCCCUCACCAUCUGCUCACGAUAGCAUCCUGUCUGCUCGGGUGGGCCGCGCAUUGUGCCCAGGCGUGGUCACCGGGAAUCCUCGGAGCCAUCAGAAGACUGCAGAAUAAUCAGAAUAAAUUGCUAACUCUCUCUCACUUCCCGCAUCCCCGACCCUGCCCUGAGCGCCUCCUGUGCACCGUGACCCUCAUGGCGGCCCUGGGGGGUAGCUGCUCACACCGUCCCCAUUUGGCAGGUGCGGAAGCUGUGGUCCAGGGCGUUAGUGAACUUGCUCAUGGUCAUGGUGGUCACAUGGUGAGUGAGCGGCCAAGCUGGGAUUCACACCUGGGAGGGCUGACCUUGACGUUCUAACCACGGCCCUGCACUGCCUUCCUCCUUAGGUCACAGGUGUUGUGUCUGUGGGGAUAAACCACAUCAUGGACUGCAUUCGUGGGAGUGGAGCGUCUUCCAGCCGCAGUCUCUUUGCAACCCCCCCACGUCUGAUUGGGCCUUGCAGCCAUGCUGUGACGGAGAGCUCAUUACCUCACAUGGCAGCUCAGCUCCCCUGGUUUUGGGACAGUGGGGAUUGUAGGAAUGUCUUAGUGGGGUCCGAGCCCUAGUCUCUGUGACCUCAGGGGACGACACUCACUCCUCUCCUCUGGAGCCACCCAGACGACGUGGACGUGUCUGAUCCCUCAUUCAAGGGCAGUUCUCCACGUGUUUGGGGGCAGCUCUCACGCUGUCCCCCCCAGGAAGUAUUUUUGUUUUUACACUCUGUCUCCCACUUUCCUUCGUGGUUUCCAGACCUUUUACCCCCUCCUUUCGACAGAUGCGUUCCCUGAGAUUAAUGACAUACAUUCAUCAAACCUUUAGGCAAAUGGCAAAGUGUAUCUAAAUGGGUUUCUGAGGACAUAACCUGAAACCCCUUUCGGGAUUCACUGGAAUUACAGCUUCUGGGUCUUUUCUGUGACCUGGGUCAAGGCAAGUCCCUUCCUCUCUGGCCAGUCUGACAGUCCUGUCUCAAGAGCACGUCACUGCAGCAUCACUCGUCUUGUUUCCAGGGACCCUGACCUAUAUUUGAAUCCUAGGACUUACAUCAUGUAGGAUUUGAAUUUUUUAAAUUGAAUUUAAAAUCUUUGAAUGUUAUUGAACUUUAAAACAUUUAAAAACCUUUUACUGGAGUAUAGUUGAUGUACAGUGUUGCGUUAGUUUCAGGUGUACAGCAAAGUCAUUCAGUUAUACAUACAUAUCUUUCCACUCUUUUUUAGAUUCUUUUCCCACAUAGACCAAUACAGAGUGUUGAGUAGAGUCCCCUGUGCUGUACAGUGGGUCCUUAGAACAUUUUUACAUUUGAAUUUUAAAUUCCAUCACAUGGUUGCUGCCUGCAGAGAGAGUUUUCUUCACGAUUCUCCAUCCAGUGUAACAGCUCUCCUUCCUAGCCUCGUGUCACCUACAGAAUUGGUGACCUUUUCUUCUUAAAUCUUACUCUCGUUGAUACACAUGUUGAUUAGGGCAAUACAUAUAUUGAUUAGAAUCUUGCAGUCCUCAGUCAACACCUUUUGGCUUUAAUUAUUCAAUAAGUUAUGCAUCAGUGGAGUUGUUCGCUAAUGUACCCCAUCUUUUGCCCCUUUAUCUGCUGUACACCACGAAGGACUUUUUCACCGGCAGAGAUCAAGACGUACUACGUCAUCAUUUCCUCUUUAAUGAUGAUCUCAAAGGAGAAAAUGCGAUCAGCUUGGCUGUUUUGCUUAAACCCCUGUGGGUUGUUGAUGCUUUUUUACUUUCUUCCCUAAAUGCUCACCAAAUAUUUGAUAAACCAUUUUAGAAUUCUGGUGUAAGUUCACAUCUGCUCUGCUGUUUCCAGAAUCCACCUUAUUUUUCUUUUAAAAAAUCGAGACAAUUUUGCCUGUCGCCAUUCUCCACCAUUCUCCUUAAUUUCUCAAAAUUUACUGCCUGGAUUUCAGUCACGCUGGUAAGUUGUGUCAGUGUUGUGAGAUGUAAUUUGUUUAGGCCACACCUAGGCUCAUGAAAGGAACCCUCUGAGUGUCUCCUCACCUGUCUUGGACUUCAGUUUGUCUUUCUGCCUACUCAUUUUCGGUUUCAAGACCUUUCUUCUUGAUAUAGAAGAUCAAAGCAAAAUUGAGCAUUGGGAAUAUUUAUUUUCUUCUGCCAUUGCCUUAAGCGAUGGGCAUAUCUUUUUUCUUUUCCUUGGUUCAAAAACUGAAAAUCGCCUAA